CGCGUGACAUCACGUUGACAUCGCUACUGCUUCCUACUCUCAGAGCGCGCAACAACAACAACACCACCACCACCACUACACGCGCUUACGUCUCGCACUCUCGUGUUCCCGCUCCACACUCCACACAGCGCACACGGCCAUGGCAGGCGGCUACGUGUGCUCGCUGUCGCCCGAGCUGGUGGAGAGGGCUCGCGUGGAGCUGGGAGAGAACCCCGAGACGAGGGCCCAGGAGGUGCUGCAGCUGCGGGAGGCGCUCGGCCACCGCCCAGAAAUCCCGGCUCGGACGGACGACGCCUUCCUGCUGCGGUUCCUGCGAGCCAGGAAGUUUGACCACGAGAGGACCUUCAAGCUCGUGGAGAGCUACUACAAGUGCCACGAGACCUGGCCAGACAUCUUCCAGGAUUUCCGGCCGUCCGCAGUGAAAGAGUUGCUGGACAGCGGCUUCAUCCGCGUGUUGCCAGAGCGGGACUCCAAGGGCAGACGCGUCAUCAUCCAGAGUCCCGGAAAGUGGAACCCAUCGACGACUCCCAUCAUUGAUAAUUUCAAAGCGAUGUACAUGACGCUGGAGCUGCUGAUCCAGUCCGAGGAGACGCAGGUGAACGGAAUCACCAUCCUAGUAGACCACAAGGGCAUGGGCCUCGCCCACGUCACCAACUUCACCCCUUCUCUCAUGAAGAAAAUAACCACAGUGAUACAGGAUGCAUUUCCAAUACGAAUAAAAGGACAUCACACAAUUAAUGAGCCAUCGAUAUUCAAAGCCAUGUUCGCCUUGAUAAAGCCCUUUUUCAAGGAGAAGAUGCAAAAGCGGAUGAUGUUCCACGGCACGGACUUCCUGUCGCUGCACGAGCAAAUCUCUCCCGACAUCCUGCCAGCGGAGUACGGGGGCACGGCGCCCGGGAUCUCCGCCGACACCUGGGCCCAGGAGCUGUUCGCCGCCGAGCCUUACUUCAUCGAGGCGUUUGGAGGCAUCGUCUUCAAGAAGGAUUUGCCCGCGGAGGUCCUCACAGACGAGGAUAAGAAGCUGCAGGAAGAUUUUAGGCGGGUCAUUGAGGAGGUAGAGCCCGAGGAGUGGAACAAGCUAAAGGUCGCCAGCGCUCACGUCCGGCCUGAGGGCCUGGACCUCGAGCCAAUCAGAAAUAAGUCGAGCUGAGCUACACGAUUGUUCAAGGCAGUAGAGGAAUGUAGAGGGAGGGAGGAAGAGUUAGAAGAGGGGGCAGAUUAAGAGAGAAACAUUUGGAUACGCAGGUAUCCCUCGAUUUACGAACGUUCCGUUUACGAAAUUUCAUAAAACAUCCCUAAUAUUUAUUAUAAAAUGUAUGGGAGAAGCCAUUCCAAUUGACGAAAUUUCAUUUUACGCUUUUUUUUUUUAAGAAUGCAUCCCUUUCGCAAAUAGAGGGAUACAGGUGGAGGGAGACAGGCCUCUACGAUUUACAGCUUUGCUGGCUGGGAGGGACAGUCCAAAAGACGUGCGGGUUGAUAGUUAUUGUCAAAAUGGUCUUCACUCCCUCCUAACAAACACUUCUGCCCGUCUAAUAAACAAGCUAUUGUCUCUUCUCCUGGCCUUUCCUGUUUUCCCAAAUACUCCUUCCCGAUAUGAGCCUUUGUGUUGAAUCCCCCUUGUUCAUUAAAAGUUCUAGUAAUGUGCUUCACCAGAGCCUGAUAGAAUGAAAAAUCAUCCAGCCACAGACUCGGAAACACUAAUAAAGAAUAACGCAAAAUAAUUGUUGAAAACUACAUAUUUGUGUGUAAAGACACCAAUAUACAGUACUUGAGGGUUGGCUUGGCUAACUGUGGUUACACCCACUUAUGCUGGUGGGUGGCCAUUACAUGAGGGCUUUGUCAAUCAAUACAAAUGAAAAAAACAUAGGUUGUUUGAGACGCAGGUGGAAGGGUUUGUGGAUCACGCAAAUGUUGUGCAACUCCCGUGGGCUUCGAGGUCACCCUAACCAUGACUUGUCAGAAGGCGGUAUGGAAAAAACUGGACAUCUCUGUCUCCCAAAAAAUAUAUAUUUUAAAACAUUUUUUAUAUGUUGUUUCGGCUUGGGUCUAAUUGUCCACGGUCAACUGACGUUGGCUGUAAAUUACCACGGUCCCCUUACGUUAUGGCAAGCUUCGGGGCCACUUCCUGGAGUCGUGGAGUUCUUCCAUUACUAAUAGGGUACAUUUCAUUAAAGCGUGUUUUUAAAAAAAGUUUUUUUUAAGUAUUACUUAUUAUUAACUCACUGUCGUUAUAUCCUCAAAUCUUGUAACUCAAUUUUAACCCACUUCGCAGUGUGGUAUCGACUGCAAACUUGGUAUACUUGUGUC